CCUUGGCGCGCGUGCGCAGCCGGAGUCGCCCGUUCAGUACAAGCGUAGGCGAACCAAGAUGGCGGCGGUGGUGGAGAAUGUUGUCAAACUACUGGGAGAGCAGUACUACAGAGAUGCCCUGGAGCAGUGCCAUAACUAUAACGCCCGUCUGUGCGCAGAGAGGAGUGUGAGGAUGCCCUUCCUCGACUCGCAGACCGGCGUCGCCCAGAGCAACUGCUACAUCUGGAUGGAGAAGAGACACAGAGGACCGGGUGUGGCUCCGGGGCAGUUAUACACGUACCCCGCCCGCCGCUGGAGGAAAAAGAGGAGAGCUCAUCCUCCAGAAGACCCUAGACUGGCUUUUCCUUCUCUAAAGACAGAGUUGGACCUGGGUUUGAAGAAGGAAAUGCUCGGCUCCAGUGACGGCAGCAGCAGUCUGGAGGCUCUGCUCCGAGGAGAGCCGCUGGAGAAGAGAACGGCUCUGGAGCUCAGACCAAACGACGAGGAGCCUGCGCACAACGAGUACUCCAGUGGAGGACUCAACCCUGCCACCCGAGUGAGGAAGAGAAUUGUGGAACCUGACGACUUCAUGGACGACCUGGACGAUGAAGACUACGAGGAAGAUACACCCAAGAGACGCGGUAAAGGCAAAGGAAAGGGGCGGGGCGUCAGCAGCGCUCGCAAGAAGCUGGACGCAGCAGCCGCUCUUGAGGAUCGGGACAAACCGUACGCCUGCGACAACACUUUCAAACAAAAGCAUAUUUCAAAAACGUCUGAACGAGUUUGCGGGAAGCGCUACAAGAACAGGCCCGGACUGAGCUACCAUUACACCCAUUCUCACUUAGCCGAGGAGGAAGGGGAGGAAAAAGAGGAGGCGGAGCUUCACGAGCAGACGCCGCCCCCACCCGAGGAGCCUAAGACAGCUCCUAAGAAGGGUCCUGAUGGUCUGGCCCUUCCCAACAACUACUGCGAUUUCUGUCUGGGGGAUUCCAACAUGAACCAGAAAACCGGCCAAUCAGAAGAGCUGGUGUCCUGCUCCGACUGCGGACGCUCCGGCCACCCCUCGUGUCUGCAGUUCACCCCGGUGAUGAUGGCGGCAGUGAAGACGUACCGCUGGCAGUGCAUCGAGUGCAAGUGCUGCAACAUGUGCGGCACAUCGGAGAACGACGACCAGCUGCUCUUCUGCGACGACUGUGACCGAGGUUAUCACAUGUACUGCCUCACCCCGCCCAUGUCGGAGCCUCCUGAAGGAAGCUGGAGCUGCCAUUUGUGUUUGGACCUACUGAAAGAGAAGGCUUCCAUAUACCAGAACCAGAACGCUCCGCCGUCGUGAUGGGAUGUGAUAUCGGUUCCCAGCUGUGUGCAUGGCCACACAGUGAGUGAGGGAAGCGAUUUAAAAUAAAAACACAAAGAGAAAGAGAGAUGCCGGGGACCGGAAAAGGGAAGCGUCGUUAACCUAUUUACCCAAGGAAAGGCGGGGAUGAAUGGAUAAACAUUUACACAAAAAACAAAACAGAAAACAAAUCCCUCCUCUUGGCAGGUUUAAUUCCAAUAUGACUGUUACACAGUUCCAAGUUUUAAACUACCCACUGCUUUUUGUUUUCAACUAUUAAUCUAAAUAAUAAUAAUAAUAAUAAUAAUAAUAAUAAAUAUAACAACAAUAGUUAUAACUGACUAAUCCAAACCCACUCUGUCUAACAGUCUGCUCUGAGAAUAUAUACAACUCUGCUCGCGUCCUUUACCUACUUGAAAUAUUCACCAAAACCACGACUAGCUAACACCA